UCCGACGAGUCACCCUUGCACACAAUGUCGGACGCCACGGCCACUGCGGAAAGAGGCGGCGACAACGAGGUCGCUCACGACUUCUCCCCGCUCCUCGUGGUCUACAGGAGCGGCCGCCUCGAGAGGCCCCUCAUCUUACCGCUCGUCACGACCGGCUGCGACGACGCCACGGGCGUCGUGUCCAAGGACGUGCCCGUCUCCCCCUCCUCCUUCGUGCGACUGUACCUCCCGGCCGGCGAGAAGUUGGUCAAGCUCCCCGUGGUCGUCUACUUCCACGGCGGCGGCUUCGUGAUCGGGUCGGCGGCCACAUGUGUGUACCAUCGCUGCCUCAACGACCUCGCCACCGCCUGCCCGGCCGUCGCCGUCUCCGUCGACUACCGCCUCGCUCCGGAGCACCUGCUCCCUGCCGCGUACGAGGACUCCCUCGCGGCUCUCAAGUGGGUGCUCUCGGCCUCCGACCCGUGGCUUGCCGCGCACGGCGAUCUCGCCCGCGUGUUCCUCGCCGGCGACAGCGCCGGAGGCAACAUCUGCCACCACCUCGCCAUGCACCCGGACAUGCGGGACGCGGGCCUCAGGGGCAUCGUGCUCAUCCACCCGUGGUUCUGGGGUAAGGAGCCCAUUAGCGGGGAGCAGGAGCACCGGAGAUCCGCGGGGCGCGCGGAGGGCCGGCAGGGAAAGAAGGGCCUCUGGGAGUUCGUGUGCCCUGACGCGGCGGACGGCGUGGACGACCCCAGGAUGAACCCGAUGGCGACCGGGGCGCCGGAGCUGGAGAACCUGGCGUGCGAAAAGGUAAUGGUGUGCGUGGCCGAGGGGGACCACCUGCGGUGGCGCGGGAAGGCGUACGCGGAAGCGGCGGCGCGGGCGAAGAAGGGGCCCGAGCCAGCGGUGGAGCUGUUCGAGUCGGAGGGGGUCGGGCACGUCUUCUACCUGCUGGAUCCCACAAUGGAGAAGGCCAAGGAGCUGCUCGGCAGGAUCGCGGCGUUCGUUGAUGCCGAGUGAGUGAUCGCGCUGCGAGCAUGAGUAGGAGAAGAUGCAUGCACGUCGCGAAGUGCCGACUCGUUCGUUUGCCGAGUGCCGCGCGUGCAGCCGACCAGAUGUGCACGUACGUAUAAUAGAAACGGACACUUGUGUAGCCGACCAGAUGCCUACUUACGUGUCAUGUUAUGGUGAAGGUGAUCAGCCAUGCCCAAAAUUUAUAUGCUGUGUCUGCUUCUUGCGAGUGCUGUCUCUGGAAGGAUUGGGAUUGAUCAAGUGAUGACAGGCUUG